AACGGAAGGAAGCGACACGGGUUUUAAUAUAAACAUCCCACUUCAACCAAAUGCCACGAACCGCCUCUUAACUUCCUCCGCACAAAAUACCGUCAAGUUGUCUAGGCUAUUACUAAGAGCACUCUGGGUGCGCAGGCCGCCAUACAGACCAAUUCUUCACUUCAAUCGUGCCACAAUGGCUACUAAUAGCGGUCGUGGUAACCCUAUCAACGCAUCCGAGGGCCCAAGCAAAGUCGGCGAGGGCGCACCGCCCCCAGUUCCCGCCGACGUUAAGGGUGCUGUGAAAGAAGCUGCGGGACAGUCCGACGGUCCUGGUGUGCAUGCCCAAGGCCAAGAUGCAGGUGCAGCACCAGCUGGCGCCAAGGUCAAGACCGAAAAGGAGCUAGAGAAGGAGCGCAAGAAGGCUGAGAAGGCUGCCAAGUUCGAGCAGAAAAAGGCCAAAGCUGCUGCCCAAGCCCCUGCCGCCAGCAAGAACAAGGAGAAGAAGGCCAAGGCUCAGAAAGCCGAGGAAGAGGCCCUCCCUUCUUAUGUCGAAGAGACUCCCGCCGGCGAGAAGAAGCAACUUCGAUCCCUCGACGACCCCCAGCUGAAAGCUUAUAACCCGAUCGCCGUUGAGAGUGCCUGGUACGAGUGGUGGGAGAAGUCUGGCUUCUUCAAGCCUGAAUUCACCCCUGAUGGCAAGGUGAAAGAGGAGGGAUCCUUCGUGAUCGUCAUACCACCACCCAAUGUGACGGGAGCUCUACAUAUGGGUCACGCUUUAGGCAAUUCUCUUCAGGAUGUCAUGAUUAGGUGGAACCGUAUGCAUGGCAAGACGACAUUAUGGCUACCGGGUUGUGACCAUGCCGGUAUUAGCACCCAGAGCGUUGUCGAGAACAUGUUAUGGAGACGGCAGGGCAAGACUCGACACGACCUGGGACGUAAGAAGUUCGUAGAGACCGUCUGGGAGUGGAAAGAAGAUUACCACAAGAGAAUCAACAAUGCUCAACGUAAGAUGGGUGGCUCGACCGACUGGAGUAGAGAAGCCUUCACUAUGGACAAGAACCUCAGUGCGGCCGUAACAGAAACGUUUGUCAAGCUUCAUGAGGAGGGGACUAUCUAUCGUGCGAAUCGCCUCGUCAACUGGUGUACGAAGCUCAACACGGCGCUUUCUAAUCUGGAAGUCGUCAACAAGGAGUUGGCUGGGCGAACGCUUCUCGAUGUGCCUGGAUACGACAAGAAGGUUGAAUUCGGAAUUAUCGUCCAUUUCAAGUACCCCAUCGAGGGAACUGAGGAGACGAUUGAGGUAGCCACUACACGUCCCGAGACGAUGCUGGGUGAUACUGGUAUCGCCGUCCACCCUAAGGACGAACGAUAUAAGCAUCUCGUUGGCAAGAAUGCCAUCCACCCUUUUAUCCCUGGUCGUCUGCUGCCUAUCGUGGCUGAUGACUACGUUGAUCUAGAAUUUGGUACCGGUGCCGUAAAAAUCACCCCAGCUCAUGACCCCAACGAUUUCGCACUGGGCCAGAGACACAACUUAAAGUUCAUCAAUAUCCUGACAGAUGAUGGCCUUAUGAAUGAGAAUGCCGGUCCAUACAAGGGCCAGAAGCGAUUUGAUGUAAGGUAUUCUAUCCAAGCUGAUCUUAAGGAGCGCGGACUGUACGUGGAUAAGAAAGACAAUCCUAUGAAAGUCCCUCUCUGCGAGAAGUCAAAGGAUAUCAUCGAACCCAUCAUGAAGCCCCAGUGGUGGAUGAGAAUGAAGGAUCUGGCUGCCGAGGCGAUCAAAGUAGUGAAGAAUGGCGAGAUCAAAAUUAAGCCGGAAACCGCCGAAAAGAGCUACUACAGAUGGAUGGAAGAUAUUAAUGACUGGUGUCUUUCGCGUCAACUCUGGUGGGGCCACCAAUGCCCCGUCUACUUCGCCAACGUUGAGGGUGAGGCAGGUGAUCGGGCAGACGACAAGUUGUGGUUCUCUGGCCGAACGGAGGAAGAGGCUCAAGCAAAGGCUGAAAAAGCUUUGCCGGGCAAGAAGUUCACACUGGAACGUGAUGAAGACGUGUUAGAUACAUGGUUUUCUUCCGGAUUAUGGCCCUUUUCAACUCUUGGGUGGCCCAACAAGACCCAUGACUUGCAGACGCUUUACCCGACGAGUGUCCUCGAAACCGGAUGGGAUAUCUUGUUCUUCUGGAUUGCGAGGAUGAUUAUGCUAGGCCUGAAGAUGGUCGGAGAGAUUCCGUUCCGCGAAGUUUACUGCCACUCCCUCGUGCGAGAUUCAGAGGGAAGGAAAAUGUCCAAGUCUUUGGGUAAUGUCAUUGACCCUCUUGAUGUCAUCAGUGGAAUUCCCCUAGAGAAACUUCACGAAAAGCUAGCUCUUGGAAACCUGCACCCUAGUGAGGUCGAGAAGGCCACGAAAUACCAAAAGACGGCUUUCCCAGAUGGUAUUCCCCAAUGUGGAGCCGAUGCUCUUCGGUUUUGCAUGGUCAAUUACACCACCGGCGGAGGAGACAUCAAUUUCGAUAUCAAAGUCAUGCACGGUUACCGAAAGUUUUGCAACAAGAUUUACCAGGCCACGAAGUAUGUGCUUAGUAAAAUAGACCAAGACUUUAUUCCUCAAAAGACCGGAAAACUUACCGGAAAGGAAUCCCUUGCUGAAAAGUGGAUCCUCCACAAGAUGAACACAGCCGCCAAGGAGAUCAACGAGUCUAUAGCAGACCGAGAGUUCAACAAGUCAACGUUGACGGUGUAUCAGUAUUGGUACAACCAUCUUUGCGAUGUUUACAUAGAGAACUCGAAGGCCCUUAUCCAGGAUGGUACGGCAGACGAGAAGCGCUCGGCCGUUGAUACUCUAUACACAGCACUUGACAAUGCGUUAAGAUUGAUCCACCCAUUCAUGCCUUUCCUGACGGAAGAGUUAUGGCAACGGCUUCCGCGGCGACCUGGCGACGAAACCCCAUCGAUCAUGCUCGCGCGAUACCCUACGUACGAUCCGGAGUUGGACGACCCCGCAGCCGAGGCUGCAUACGAGCUCGUCCAGGGCUGUUCUAAGGGUAUUCGGUCCCUGAUGGCCGAGUAUGCGCUGAAGGACGAAGCUAAGGUCUUCGUACAAACCUACGAUGAGACCGCACACCAAACCGCAGUUGAUCAGGUGCAAUCCAUCAAAUCGCUAAGCGGCAAGGGCGUCACCGACAUCGAGGUAAUCUCGGGCUCGCAACCCCGGCCGGCGGGAUGUGUGGCAUUCCCGGUGUCAAGCUCGGCGGCCGUGUUCCUGCAUGUCAAGGGUCGCGUAGACAUCGACGACGAGAUCUCCAAGGCCAACAAGAAGCUCGAAAAGACGCGUCUCGCCAUCGCGAAGCAGUCGAAGCUCCUGUCCGACCCGGGCUACCAGCAGAAGGUCACGGCCGCCAUCCAGGAGGCCGACAAGAAGAGGCUCGCGGACUUCGAGUCCGAGGCGAAGGGCUUCGAGGGCACGAUUAAGCAGUUCGAGGCCCUGAAGCUGGAAUAGAUUAGGUGUGCGCCUAGAAUGCGGCAAAGCUUUUCGAGUUCGAGCGAGGAGCAAGUGCUAUAUAGGCUGAGGAGUAGAUGAGUAGAGCACGUACUGGGAUUUGAGAGGGAGAGCUAAUCGGUUGCUAUGAGCGACUGACUGGCUUGCCUGCCUGUGCUUCGCAUGUAGCUGCAAGUAAAUAAGAGGAUAUUUCAAGAUAAAGGCAAGGUUUUAAUGCAGUGGUUGUGUUUGCAGAGUGAUAUGCUAUUAAGCUUGAUGUGACGUGGUGUAAUGAGAGGUUAGAGAAGGAAACUACCUAGUAAUUAUCUACAUAGAUGUCUAGGUAAGCACCAGGUAGGUUCCUAUUACAUCAAGAAAGUUAAUAAAAGCUGACUACGUGAAGGCAAAUCUUCACGAC